AUGAGUUCAUCUCAACAAGAAAUCCUUUUCUUUGAUACAAUUGCUCAUGAUGGAGAAAUCGAGCAGGUUCUUCAAGUAGAUGAAAUCAAAUUUGAUCAACCAGUAUAUAUUGAUGAAAUUCGUGUAUUACCAGCUGGCCAUAAUGUGGCUGGUUUGGAAAAAUCAUCUACACGUAUUGGAGCAACAAAACCAAUGCCAUGCGAAUUAGAAUUUUUUGGAAAAAAUCUAAAUGUACGUUCUAAUCGUGAUAGAGUGAGAUAUCGACGACUUGGAAAAAAAGUUUUUCGUGAUGAAAACGAUAUAGUUUACAAUCCAUCGACUUCGAUACCAACGGACUCGAUGAUUAUUAAGGGAAAAUAUGACACUCUAACACUGGCUAUUGUUGGUGUUCUAGCUCGUCCAAAGUCUCCACCUCCUCGACACGACCCACCCAACAAUACCAGACAAAUUGUCGAAUUUCUACAGUCAGCUCAACCUCAUCGUGUUCAUCCGAUGGAUACCUUAUCGUUAGCUAUGGCUCCACCACCAAAUACGACUCCUACUACAUUUGUGGUUCAACAACAUGCGCAAAAUGCAUCGGUUAUCGACAAGGUUUCUGCGUCGCCAGCAGUUCAUGCCGAUGGUGUUUGGGUUGCUCCACCUGAACAACCAACAAGACAACCACAGGUGACACAAAAUUUUUCACACGUAUCAUCACAACGAACAUCAGCAAACUUUGUUGGACAAACACAAUCACGUCUUAAUGACGAGCACCUACAUGAUUACAGUCAUCAAUCUUCUCAACAAACGUAUUCCUCGAAUCGUAUCGAUGAUUCACAACAACAGCAACAAUCAUCAUCGAGCCGAUCCCAAUCUGCAUCAAAUUUUAGUUCACGACCACCAACACGUACUGGUUAUUCUUCAUCGGAUUAUUCACAUGGAGAUAAUAAACCACUUGAUGAAAUGGAUGACAAAUACACAAGAGUUUCUACCACAUCAAUACAAUAUCGUCCUAACAUGUCAGAUCAGAUGAAUGAUGAUUCAAAUUCAAUUCAAAAUCCAAAUGCCAUUCCAAUAAUGCCAUCGACAUUUUCUCAUUUGUCAUAUUCAAAUCAGCCUAUGCAUAGUAGUAUUCGAAAAGAUGAAGAUCGUCAAUUUCUUCAUCCCUCAUGCAUCGGCGAUAAUUCUCGGCGAACACAAGAUAAUUUUACACUUUUAUCAAAUAGCGGUAGCCAUAAUCAACAACAAACUCCAAAUGAUGCUGAUGCAUACAUGUCGGAUGAUAAUACAUCGGAAAGUGAAACAUCAAGUGUUCAUGGUCUAUUAUUUAACGAAGAUGAACAACAAAAAUUUAAACAUGAUGCAUUAUACAAUACUCGUGGAUCAACACGUGUUACUACUCUUCAAACAUUCCAUUCAGCCACGAAAACAUCUUAUGAAAUUGAGUGUGAAAAAGCUCAUCAUGAAAAAUACCGUAGUGCCAAUGAAGAACUUGUUCUUCAUUUUCGUAAAUUACUUUCACAUACAUCAAUUGAUCGUUGUGAUAUUACAUUUCUCGAAUCAUUAGAAUUGAUGUGCACAAUGUUACCUAUUGCCCUGGCUUGUUUGGAUUCAGAUGAAGAACUAGUAUUAGCUGUUCAACGUCUUACCGAUUGGGCACAUAAAUUAAUAAAUGUUGAGUAUGUUAUGGCAAAACAAUUUACUGACUUGAAAGAUACAUUACUUAAAAUUCGAUUAAUAAAAUGUGGCAUUCGCUUAUGUGGACAUUUAAGUGUACUCACAGAAGAUAUAUCCAAUGACUGGAUUAAAAGUGAUUAUCAUUCAAAAUUGUUAGAUUUAUAUGAUAAUGAAUGCAUUUCACCAUCAAUAAAACUACUUAUUGUAAAAGUUCUUGAUCAAAGUUUGUUUUUUAAAUCGGGUUUCCUUUGGUUUACUGGUCAACAUUCCGGUUUUUCAUCAGAAACUCGUGGAUCACCGUAUUUUCGUUUAAUACAAAAAUUACAAAGUGGAAACGAAUUGAAACAAUUAAUAACAUUGAUUAGUUGUCUACUAAGAAAAAUUCAUCUUGGUGAAGAAUUUCACUUAUUUCAAUCACAAAUUAAAACUUUAUCAUCGGACGAAUCUCCAUCAUUAGCAAAUGAUCGAAAACUAAUUUUUGAUCAACUUCUUAUAUCUCUUUCAACUAUUCGAGAUAUUUUGAUUAACGCUGUUGAUCUUAUUUCUCAAGAAAAAUCUUUUCGUAUAGCGCCGUUUCAAUCUAUUGUUCCAGUUGUUUAUUCAAAAGUUUCAAAUAAAGAAAACCCAUGGCCAUCAAUCUUACGUCUGAUGAUGGAUAAUGAUUUUCUUAAAUCUCUAACUGUUCUUAUCCAUCUAUGUGUAUUAAAUCAACGACAAGAUCUAUUCAAUAUAAUAGAAGAUAUUCUAAGAGAAUUUUUAAAUUCAUUUGAUGGCUUAAUUUAUCUUGCUAAUCAAAUAUCAACACCAAAUUUUUUGUUAAAAGCUCUUUAUUUUGCUGAAACAAAAUUUGAAGAUAUUAAUAAUGAUCCAGUUGGUCCACAAUUGAUGUGUGCAUUUCAGACAUUAAGCUAUAUCGAUGAAUUAAAACUACUUAGUAUGAAAGAUGAUUUAGAACUCGAUAAUAAAGAUGUUUUACAAGUGCUUCAUUGUCUUUUGUCAUUAAUUUUAUUUCACCAUUAUGUAAGAAAAUUAUCGAGUAAACGUCGAAUAAUUGUUCGAGUUAUUGCUAUGGAAUCAAAUUUUCUUCCAUUACUACAUUUUAUUGAAUUAUCUGGAAAUAUUGAACUAAUAAAAACUAGUGUUCAAACACGUUAUGUAGCACGCAUCGUUUAUGAAUUAUUUGCAACAUCGGAUUCUAUUCUAUUACUAGAACAAUAUGGUCUUCGUUUACUUGAUCUUUGUGAAAAACACUCAAAUCAGCGAUUAAUUCGUUUGCGACAUUGGUUUUCUCCAUUAUUAAAAAUCAAAACAUUUGAUUAUACGCAAGAAACAGCUGAGAAUCUUAUUAAUGAAAUAAAAAAUCAAAUCAAUGAAUCGAAUAAUUCAGGAGAAUUUUCACCAGGUCUUAUAACUCUUCUACGUAUUGUUCAAUAUUUAUCUAUACCACCUGAAAAUCAAUUUAUUGUUGGAGCAAAAGUCGAACUGAAAUAUGAUUAUAUAUUAUUAAAAUUAUAUCAUCAUGGAAUUUACUCAUUAUUAAUUAGUAUUCUUGAAAAGUGCGCAGGAACAUUAUUACGCACGUGGCAAAUAGGUGCACCACUAAGUAUACCUGAUCGAAUUUUAACAUAUGGAAUACUUAUUCCAGCAUUAAUCAUUUUUAAAACACUUGUACAAAAAUUAGCUCUUGAUCGAAAAACUAAAUUUGUUGAUAUAACACCUGUGCAUGCACUUUUUUCAAUUUAUACUGUAACGCUUUGUGCAUCACCUUCAACUGAACUAGCUGACGUUGAUAUUAUUCGAUCGAAUUUGAUUGAUUCUUUUCUUGCUUACCCUUGGUCAAAUCAAUUGGAUAGUGAACAAAUAAGUGUUCAAAAUUGUUCUUGGACAUUAGUUCUUCGAGAAAUUCUACGUUUAACAACACUUUUUCCAUAUUCGAUCACUAGUGGUUUAUGUCUUCUAACGGAACUUCUACCAAUUCCGUUACCACAUACUGUUCGACAGGCAUUAACGGACAAUGAAACAAAUGCAAUAAGAGAUGAUUUUCAUCGAUAUCAUACAGUUAUGCAUUAUAUAUGGAUACAUGAUAGAAAUCAGUAUUUACAAAAAUUAAUUCAAGCAUUAUGCCAUACAUCAAAUUCGAUAAUGCAAGAAGUUCUUCGACGUUUAUGUAUGCAAUUAAUUGAUUUAGGCCCAAAAUUGGCUAAACUUAUUAUGAAAAAAUUAAUGGAAGAACUUAUAUCUGCUUGGAAGAAUGAUCAUAGUGAAGCAGCUAAAGCAUCCAAACAAUCAAUAAGUGAUUCCGGUCGUCUAGUAGCUUUUAUUGCUUCACUUGUUGCUAUUCGUUCCGGAAAAUGUGCUUUAUUAUCACUUUUAAAUUCUUCCGAUGAAAAAUAUACAAUGAUUAUGAAAGAUAUGCUAGACUAUCUUCAUACACGUGCCGAAUCAAACGAAACAUGUCUUUGUCAAGAAGCUACCAUGUCAAUUAUUCAAACUUUAUGUGAUGCAAAUUUAUGUCUUUCAUCGUCAAAAUCAUUGAAUAGUCCAUUACAAUUUCUUGCUAAUGCAUUACCAAAUCAAGAACUUUUAUCAUAUAUAUUAACAAAUAUUCUUCGUUUACUGUCAUCAACUAAACAACAACAAACAUGGACACAAACAACAAUGGCACUUCGAUCAAUGAUCUCACUUGCUGAACAUGACUUUGGUUUACAAAUGAUUCGAACGACUUUAAUGCAAAAUAAAGAAGUACUCUGUACAUUAAUUGCUGAAUUUGAUCUGCGAUUUGAUAAGGAACAACCAGAUUAUCUUGAAGCUGUUUCUGCUUCAAUGAUAUUUCUACAACGAAUUAUGACAAUUGAAAAUACACCAGAAUCAAUUUUUAUUCGAACUCAAUGUUUACAAUUGUCUGUAUUUCGUGAAUUACUUGGUGUUACAACGGCUGGUGAAAGUCAAUUAGAAAAAUUUGUUGAUUUAAUCAACGCUGUUGUUAAUGAUGAUUCAUUGGGUGCACAUGACAAUGAAAAUAAGCAGCCAACAAUUGGUAAUUCUGAUAUUCUAGAACAAAACGAAGAGGAUCAACAGUGUGUUCAAACAUUACAAAAAAUUCUUGAACGUGCUAACACUAUUAUUCAAUCACUUAAAGGAAAUCAACAUGAACCAGAAAUUGUAUUACUGAGUGAAAUAAUUUUACCGAAAUAUGAAUCAAUUGACACUCAAUUUCAAAAUCGUCUUAUUUAUACAAUUGUUAAUGAUUAUACUGAUGAUCAACGAAGUUCUGAACUCUAUUGGCUUGGAGUUCCAACUCCAGCGUUAAUUGAUGAUGUUGAUUAUGGACAAGACGAUACAACAACAAAUCCAGAUGAAACACAUGAAAAAAUUAAAUGUGAUCUUGAAGAUUUUAUUGGUAAAUAUUGUGGAACAUUUAAUUUCGUUGAGGAAUAUAAAAAAGAAAUUAUCGAUAAAAUAGCAAAAAAACGAAAAUCUUCACCAAAGAAACGUACAGUCACAGUAGAACCCACAGUGACCGUAGAUACAUCAAUAAUAACAACAAGUGUAUCGAAAAGUCGUACACCAUGGAGUGCACCAAUGCGUGGACAUAAUCGUCGAAACAUUCGAGUUGGCGGUAUUAAUACGAAUAAUACAACAAAUGGUAUUCCACGACGCAUAGAUCAUUUUCGUAAUCGUCCAUUAAAUACAAGUCGACCACCAUCAAUGCAUGUCGAUGAAUUUGAGAAACAAUAUAAUGAAAAUUCAAAUGGAAAUAAUGGAAAUAAUUCAUCAUUGAACAAUAAUAAUAAUAAUAACAAUAAUAAUAAUAAUAAUAAUAAUAUUAAUGAUAAUAAUAAUAAUAAUAAUAAUAAUGGAGGCAAUAAUGGAAAUGAAAAUGAUUUACUUCCAGCAAUGCAAUCAGCAAAUGAUGGAGGACCUGAUCGAGAUCGUUGGCCUCGCAGAGGUAGUGCAACUAAUUUUCGGCCUAGUGCAUCAUCUAGUCAUCGCUAUCCAUUUUCAUUAAGUAAUUUUCCUUAUCCAGGUGCAGGUUUUAGUCUUCGUGAUCGUUUACCAUAUGGCUAUCCAUCGUCACGUUACAAUACAUUCGAAAUGGAUUUUCCUCCACCGUAUUUUGCUGGUGAUGACUUUUCUGAUGAUCGUCCUUAUGAUUAUUAUCCAAUGAAUAUGCCUUUUGAACCUUUUCGACAUCGAAAUCAUUUCGGACGUUAUGAUCCAAGUGGAUUUCAUUAA